AUGAGCAAACAUAAACUCGACGACGGGCCACAGUUGGCAAAGGUCGACAAGAAAAGAAGAAAGAAGGACCGAAAAGAGGCACUCCGCUACGAAGACAUCACGCCCAGUUCCACCGACGCCACUGCAAACUCGACUCCAGCGCCCGAAGAACAAGAAGAUGAAGGCACCGAGUACAAGCCUGACCCUUCACUGGAUUCUUUACCACAGAGCGAUGUCGACAGUUUCUUUAGUUCACAGUCCGUCCAAAUAAGCGACCCGCAGGACUCAAAACUUCGACCCGUUCUCGCCUUCUCCCACCUCCCAACCGCUCUGGCUACUCAGUUCUCCUCCAAAUUUUCCUCGUUUGAAAAGCCCUCAGCAAUCCAGUCUGCUGCAUGGCCCUUCCUUCUCUCCGGUCGAGAUGUCGUGGGUGUGGCAGAGACAGGCAGUGGCAAGACAAUUGCUUUUGGACUGCCUCUAGUCACGAGACUCGCCUCGUUGAAGAAGAAAAAGGGCAUUCGAGCCGUUAUUGUGGCUCCCACACGAGAACUAGCCAUCCAGGUCUUCGAGCAAGUGGAGAAAUUAUGCCAGACUGCAAAUAAACUGAAGGCCACUUGUAUCUACGGUGGCACGAAUAAAGAUGAGCAACGUCGAAGUCUGAACGGUGUCAACAUUAUCGUCGCGACCCCCGGUCGACUCAAGGAUUUCAUGUCCGACGGUACGAUCGAUGUCUCCAAGACGAGAUAUCUCGUCCUUGAUGAAGCCGAUCGCAUGCUCGACAAGGGUUUCGAGGACGACAUCAAGCACAUCAUCUCACAGAUGCCGUCCCAGAAGAAGCGACAGACUGCUAUGUUCACCGCGACAUGGCCCAAGUCGAUUCGAGAUCUAGCUGCUACGUUCAUGAAAGAACCAGUGAAGAUCACCAUUGGCCGCAACGACACCGAUGAUUCAGGUGAACUCCGUGCGAAUAAUCGGAUUGUGCAGAAAGUCGAGGUCAUGGACGGUGCGUUGAAACAACAACGACUUCUUCAAGUUCUGAAGGAGCAUACCGCCGGUAGCAAGCGUAAUGAUCGUAUCCUGGUCUUCUGUCUGUAUAAGAAGGAAGCUCAACGAAUCGAGAACUUCAUUCAUGGCCGGGGUAUGAAGGUUGCCGGAAUCCACGGGGAUCUGUCUCAAUCGGCGCGCAUUGCCAGUCUUGAGGGCUUCAAGUCCGGCGCCGUCAACCUUUUAGUUGCCACCGAUGUGGCAGCGCGUGGUCUCGACAUCCCUGAAGUCAAAGUUGUCAUCAAUGUGACAUUUCCCCUGACUGCUGAGGACUAUGUCCACCGCAUUGGACGAACCGGCCGUGCUGGAAAAACGGGACUGGCGAUCACAUUCUUCACCGAGCAAGACAAAGCCCUCGCUGGUGGGCUGAUCAACGUUUUGAAAGCGGCGAAGCAAGACGUUCCCGAGUCGCUGUUGAAGUUCGGCACCACAGUCAAGAAGAAGCAGCACGACUCAUAUGGUGCGUUCUAUCGCGAUGUUGACGAUGGAAAGGUGGCCACGAAGAUCACGUUUGAUGAUUGA